AUGCUCGGCAUGCGUCUCACCUGCAAUGGGAAAUCACAGCUUGCGAUGGACGAGGUCGAUGGCCACAAGGUGCCGGUUCUCAAUGUGGACCUGAAGCUUCAGCUUCCGAUAUUGAACCUUUUAGAGGUUUUCAACAAGGCUGUCAUGUCUGGUUUGCCUGACCCGACGAGUGAGAGCGAUGGGGCAAAGGAACAGACGCCAGCGGGAAAUGCCAGCCAGCCUCAAAGCUCCGAGCCAGAUGCAGACGAUGCAGACGAUGCAGACGACGCAGACGACGCAGACGACGCAGACUCGGUGACCGAGUUCAUGGAGGCCGCCGAAGUACCAGCAAACGAGCUCUGGGCUGAUGACGGCGGCCAGGAGUUCGGGGCGAUUUGGGCGCAGCCACAAACAGAAAUGACUCGUUGGCAGCCGCUCCCAAGGUCCACGCUGCGGGACGCAGGCACGGACAUGCAGACAUUGAAGAAGCCCGAGUUUGCAAUGAAGUCGCCGGACCUGAUCGACAAAGCAGAGGGCAGGAUGUGGAUGGAGGUGAUUGAACAGCUUCAGCAAUUGUGCCGGAGCAUCGUCGCCUCCCACGACUUUCAUGUAGCUGUGCUGCGGUCGCAGGACAACUUGUCAUCCAAGAUGCGUGACUUCACCCUUUCCCUGGGAGACCGCAUGCAGAACCUCUCCAUCAACAUGAAAUCCCAAACUGCCAGUCUCGGACAGCGAUUGGAAGGUCUGGCAGAGAGUGUGUCUUCUUUGGAAAGCGCCUUACCUGCCCCGUAUGUGACCAGAGAAGGGUCCAAGAUUAGGUCACGAGGUGGGCCUGUGGGAGCAGCUCCGGGGCGCUACGGGUGA